AUGUUUGGAGUUGCCUCAGACAAAGGCGAGGGGUGGGUCGCUAAAUAUGCGCGGUCCCACAACAUCUUCACCAUUGACGACCUCGUGACAGCCUUGCAGCACGGAGCCAAGCACGCAGCCGGCUUUGCCGCAAACAAUGCCACAUGGGUCAUCAAGAAGCUGUCCUUCAGUGACCCGAAGCCAGCCAAGCAGGAGUUCUUCUACGCGAAGUCUUUAAAGCUCACAAGGACUUACUCCCUUGAAAUUGUACCGCGUCCGCCGCCAAAUCGUGCAGGCGCACGGCCACAGGUGCACAACUGCAUUUUCACCGGUGGAGCGCGCAUUCCCGUGAGUGACUGGCGCCUAGAGGUGAUGCACAGCGAUGGUGAUGAGAACUGGCGCAGGACGUACCUGGAGGGACCGCGCGAUUGGGAGGAGGGCCCACCUUCAUUGGAGAAGGCAGACUCUCAUCACUUGGUCAGAGUCUGGGAAGCGCAGCAUCGCUGCAGGGCGCCGCAUGGGAUGUUUUACCAUCGCAGCCUCGCGCAGAAGGUGGCACGUGUCGAGCGACGGCACUUGCGCAAUUCUCGCCGGCUGCAGAACAAGCUGCAGUAUCUGCGCCAGGCUGCCGCUGGCGAGGACGCACAGUCCGGGAGCUCUUCCUCAACGUCGUCGUCCUCGACUUCAGAUUCAGAGACGUCCGAUGCAUGA